CGUCCUGCGCCAUUUUGAUGAAACAGCGAGGACACAAGCAGUUUGGAUCACCGAAAUGGAUUUUAUGGAUUUAUGUUUAAGAUUUAUCUGGAUAAGCAACUUUCAACCUCUAGUACAGGAAAAUAGCCGUGUGCUGAAGAGGAACCCUUGCGCCUUGGUUGCCUAACUGGUGGAUUUGUUAGAUUAUUCGACAGUUAGUUUGGGCAACAUUGUUAGCAUAGCGCCGUUAGCCAUUAGCUGUUAGCUUUUGUUUUCAUAUUGUGUUGAGUGGCGAGGUAACGUUAGCUAAUCUCGAGGUGUAGCAUGUUAGCCUUGACAUUAGCUAACUAGCUAAUUUAACAUUUACACGGUAGAUUACGAUAUCAUACUAGUCUUUGAAGGUCUAACAGAGAUAACGUUAAAGCUGUGGACUCGUUGCGGAAGCUUUCACGCAGUUUUGUGGACUUUUUCUGGAGCUUGGUAGGGUUUGUCCUGACUUGACAAAUAAGAACUGUCCCAGAAAGGCAAGCCAAUCACGGACUGAUGCUCGGGAAACUCCAGGCCCGCUGCUAGCUACACCAGCGGCUUGUAGCGCAGCGGCCCGGGCUUUCCAACAGAGACAUUUCACAACGGACUUGGCCUCAUUCACACCCUUGUGGUAGAUUUACUUUGUGCUGCAUGGACUCUCUUGGAUUUGGCAUCCUGUUAUGUUUUAUCGGACUCUAAAGGACUGACGGGGCUCACGGCGCCGCUUCAUGGCGCUCUGGAGUCACAUCUCGAUUAUUUUUCUUUGGCAAUAACAAGGACUCUUUCGUCAUCUGCGGGCUGAACCUUUCCCCAUUUUAGUACUUUCUUUGUCUACAGUGUUUCAGCGAAUAUAAAGAAGGUUUACCUAUUAAAGUCACCAGAUUUAGCUGUGUUCAGUGUUGACGCUGUUUUAUUUUGUUAUCUUACCAGGCCUGUGGGUUUUUUUUUCUUGUGCUUGAUUGACUUAAGUGCUUAGACCUGUUAAAAUGUCGUGUGUUCACUAUAAGUUUUCUUCCAAACUGGACUACAACACAGUCACUUUCGAUGGGCUGCAUAUCACCCUCAACGAGCUUAAAAGGCAGAUUAUGGCCCGAGAGCGCCUCAAGGCCACAGACUGCGACCUGCAGAUCACCAAUGCGCAGACUCGAGAAGAAUACACAGAUGAUGAAGCUCACAUCCCGAAACACUCGUCCGUGAUCGUCCGCCGCACUCCGCUUGGUGGAGUAAAACCUGCUGGCAGGACGUUCAUUGUAGAUCGUUCUGACACAGCUGUGGUGGGAUCUUCUAGACCCACUGAUUCUUCUCCAUCUUUGUCACUCGCCCAACUCGCCAAGACUGCUAACUUGGUUGACGCUAAUGCAUCAGAGGAGGACAAGAUUAAAGCCAUGAUGUCUCAGUCCAAUCAUGAAUAUGACCCGAUACAUUACUCCAAGAAGGCAGUCGGUCCUCCACCGGCUCACUAUACCUGCUUUCGUUGUGGAAAAGCUGGUCAUUACAUUCGGCAAUGCCCCAUGCUGAUGGUCCAGGAUAAGAGUGUUGAGGGUCCCAAGCCAGUGAGGAUUAGUAAGGGUAUUCCUCAGAGCUUCAUGGUGAAAGCAGAGCCAGGCACCAAGGGAGCCAUGUUAACCAGCACUGGAGAAUACGCCAUACCUGCUAUAGAUGCGGAGGCAUAUGCACAAGGAAAGAAGGAGCGCCCUCCGUUUGUUCCACAUGACCAGUCAUCAUCUGAGGACGAUACAGACCCAAUCCCAGAUGAACUCUUGUGUCCAAUUUGCAAUGACCUGAUGACAGAUGCCGUAGUUAUACCCUGCUGUGGAAACAGUUACUGCGAUGACUGUAUCAGGACUGCCUUGUUGGACUCAGAGGAGCACGUCUGCUACACAUGCAAACAGUCGGACGUUUCACCUGACAAUCUCAUUGCUAACAAGUUUCUCCGACAGGCUGUGAACAACUUCAAGAACGAGACAGGGUACACCAAACGCGUGCGUAAGCAGGUCCAAAAUGCAGCUCCGCCUCCACCGCGCCCUCAGUUGGUCAGGCCUCUGCACUCAAGACAGCAGGACCCACUGAUGGCCAAUGUCACUCAACCUCCUCCAAGUGCACCCCCCGCUGCUCCUCAAGCUCAGGUCCCACCUCCUGCUCCUGCACCGGCACCGGCUCCUGCUCCUGCUCCUGCUCCUGCUCCUGCUCCUGCUGCUCCCUCUGCUCCUACUCCUCCUCAUGCUGCUGCUACUGUUGAAGAACAAGCUGAUUCACCAGCUCCUGCACCUGUUGCUGACCACCAGUCACCUAUGCACUCCACCAGCCACGGCGAACCACCCCCACCGGGUGAGACAGAUCCAGAACCUUCUGUGACACCAGAGUCAUCAGGAACCUCUGAAAGUGGAUCACAGAACUACCAUUUAACUGUUAUUGGCCACCCGCCACCUGUAAGGGCGCCUCAUCCACCAGGUCACCAAUCAAGGCCACAUCACUCUCACAGAGGGGGAGGCAGACCCUGGGAGAGCAGGUUUUACAGAAGCAGAGGAGAUCACCCCCCCACUCACCUCCAGACAGCUCCACCUCCUGCACCUGUUCCCCCAGUGUACCCAGCUCCGUCCCUCUACCCACCCCCACCACAGCCCUACCCCCCUCCAUACACCUCUGGCCCUAGCCUUAUCCCUCCUACCAUCAGUUACCAACCUCAGCCUGUUUAUGCCCCUGGACCACCGGGGCUCAACCCUCCCUGGGUCGCCCCUGGUGCCCAGCCCCCUCUUAUCCCUCUUCCCCCCCUGUCUCAGCCGCCCCUCUCUAAGGAAGAUUUCUACAGACAGCGGCAUCACAGACAGGACAAAGCUACAUCCAAACUGGAUGAGUUUACUAAAGACUUCCACAAAGAGCUUAUGAAGUACAGAAAUGCACCAAAGAGACGGAGACCGUCUUAUUCAAGAUCCCGGUCAUACAGUCGCUCUCCAUUUAGCCGUUCUCCUUACUCUCGCUCUAGAUCCAGAUCAAGAUCCAGGUCCUACUCUUAUUCCCCCAGUCGAUCCCGCUCCCGUUCACGCUCCCAUGGUAGGUCUUAUCCCCGCUCCCCUUAUUCUAGACGAAAUGGACGUAGUUAUGGACGCUCACGGUCAAGGUCCCGCUCUCGCUCAAGGUCUUACGGGUAUCGGCGGUCUGGCUCGCCACGUUCCCCUCCCCCCUACCGCCCAGGAGGCUGGGAGGGAGCAGAAGGAGCAGGACCCUACAGGUCUAGAUCACGGUCUCGUUCCCCUGGCCCUGGUGGCUUCCGGAGCCGCAGCCCUGGUGGACGAAAGCCGCCUCCUCGGGAGCUACCACCAUAUGAACCGAAGGGUAUAAGUCCCGGUGGCAAUGAUCGCUGGGAAAGAGAAAGGUAUCGACAGUGGGAGAAGGAGUAUGCAGACUGGUACAACAAGUACUACAAAGACUAUGAUAACCAACAUCCCUCAUUGCAUCACAGAGGUCGUGGAAGCAGAGACAGGGAGAGAGACAGAAUGUCCCCAUUAUCUAGAGAUUACUCCCCUCAAGGGAGAGGAAGAAGAGGGCGAGAAGAGCGAAGUGCUCCCCCUCACCAUCCUCCAUCAUCUUCGUCAACAGGGACCAAGUCCAGCACUAAAGUCUCGAAGACAAAGAAGGUAAAAAGGAAGAGGACUGGGGAGGAACCAGAGCCAUCGCAUCAGUCAGUAGACAGAGGUGAUGCUACUCCUGUCAGAGACGAACCAAUGGACGAAAUCCCUUCACUCACUAAAACGCCUCCCAUGUCUUCAAAGGCCUCAGUUGGAGCCGCAACCUCUAAAGCUCCAGCCUCAAAAAGCACUGCUGCACCUGCUAAACCCUCAACCAAGUCAACAUCCAAGACUCAGGCUGAUAAGACGAAGAAAGACAAGAGCCAAAAGGUAAAAGCUAAAGUUAAGACAGAGGGUGUGAAGGCUAAGAGUGAAAAGGUGAAGAAAAAGACUGGGGAAGGAGUGGUGACUAAAAAGAAAGACUCCUCUUCUGCCACAAAACCAUUAAAGACCGUUAAAUCCAAACCAGAAGAUGCCCCCAACUCAACCGCCCCUAAAAAGGAAAAGAGUAAAAGCUCUUCAGGGAGGCCUGCGCUGCUUAAGACUCCUCCACUGUCCUCCCAGAACAUGCCUCUACAUCAUCCCUCUCUUCAUGACGGCCCAAGAGGCAGCCACGACAUGAGGGGGAGAAGAGAUCUUCCACAGGGCGGUGGUCUCCUCCCCAUCCCCCAUCCACAUGGACUCCAACUUCUCCACCGACCUCCUUCCCCUGACAGUCGGAGGAGGAUGGGAGAGGAGGGCCGCUCUUUACUCGGACCUCCUCCUGGAAAGCUGAGGAGAAUAGAUGGGCUAGGGGGUGGAGGUGAUGUCAUGUCCCACUCUCACAUGUCUCAUCAGCCCCCGCUCCACAGACUCCCACCCCCCUCAGACAGACCUGGUCUUCUUCCCCUGCCAGUGAGCCGUGACAUGGGCCGGGGAGAUGCAGAUCGGGGACCCAUCAGACCUCUAAUGGACCUUCAGGUGAAGCCGACCCAGAGGAGGAUAAAGCUAAACCGAGAUCUGGGAAGAAAAGGCAGCACUGAGACGGCACCCUCGGACAGAACGCCGUCGGGUCCUGAAAAGACGACCUCCACCUCAGACCGACCGACUGCUGCUAACAGCUCUGAAGGAGACCGACCUAGCGGUACAGCAGAAGGUGGAAGAAAGGAGCCGUCUGCAUCUUCUGAGAGAGGAGUCUCCAGAGAGAGACCAGGAAGUGCUGGAGAAAGACUGCAGGGCUCGGACAGGGAGCAGAGCAGAAGCUCAGGAUUGGACAGAGAGCGAGACAGAGCUUCAGGAUCAGAUCGAGACAGAGACAGAGACCGAGACAGAGACAGGGGCGUGGCGUCUGACAGAGACAGAGACAGGGACAGGGACAGGGACAGGGACAGAGUCUCUGGCUCCCAGAAGGUAGCGGCUACAGUGGAGAGAGACCCUGAAGGAGAGAGGCCAUCAAGGACAGAGCGCAAGAACUCCAGUGGUGGAAGUUCAGGAGGGAGGUCUGUCUCUCUGGAUAAAAUGACCAUCGCUGAGAAAUCAGCCAUCUCCAGGAGCAUGACGGACCUUCAGGAGAAGCCAAGCACAUCCUCGAAGGAGAGAGGGGAGGGGUCAGAGCGAUCUGCCAAAUCUGCCAGGAGUGUGUCCAAGGACAGAACAGAGAGGAGUGUCCCCUCAGGAGAGAAACCAGCUGCUGCUCACAGAGAAGUGAAAGAUGGUGAGGAGUCUGUUGUGAGGAGCAGACCCAGGAUCAGCCGAAAGGCUUUGACGAGCCACACCACGAGCUCUACUAGGUCAACUCAAGAAGCAAAGCGGGACUCGGACAAAGAUCAGAAGAGCGUAUUCUCUAAACCUGCAGAGCAGCCUCCAUCUAGCCCUGUGAACAGCCGAGGCCGCAGCCCAAGUGUCAGCCCAGCAGCCAGCCCGGCCAGGGAGGAGCCGCUCAUUCAGCCGCCUCCUCGCUCAAAGUGGGAGAGGGAAGAUGACGAAGAAGGCCAGGAAAAUGGACUCAGUGCACCCAAGGAGCCCUCACCGGUGCCACAGAGGAGCAGAGGCAGAGAGGGGCAGACAGAAGCACCUAAACCUGUGAAGGGCGAGGGACGGGACGCCACAAGGGAGGAGAGAAGAGGAGCGGUGAGAGAAGAGAAGAAAGGGAGAGCACCAAGGGAAGAGGGUAAAGGUGGCAGGACGGCACAGGCGAAUUCUGACAAACCAACUAAAAUAAAACUCGUGAGGGAGGAGGGGAGAGGCGGAGGAAGAGAUGAGGGGCGAGGAGUGACGGGGAAGGAGGAGAGAGCCGCAGAAAGCAGAGGAGGACGAGAGGAGAAUCGUGGCCCAGAGCCCAGGAGACAGCGUUUGUGUUCUGACCUGGGUCGCGAGACAGACGAGGCGGCCUUUGUGCCCGACUACAGCGAAGGCGAGGGCUCCGAGCCAGAGGGAGGAAGGAGCGGCAGUGGCAGUCUGUCCCUCAGCCACCCCUCCAGCCCCACCCCGACCAACCACAGCGGCUCAGUGACCACAGGGGACAAGAAGAAGAAGAAACACAAGAAACAUAAAAAACACAAGAAGCACAAGAAACACGGCGGCCAGGAAAAAGAAGGAGAACAGAAGCAGCACAAGCACAAGCACAAGAAAAAGAAACACAAAAAGAACAAGGAGAAAGACGCGGAGGAAGAAGAGGAGGAGAAAGUGGAGAAAGCAGAGGAAGAAGGGGCUCCGUGCUAACGAGAGCUAAGCUAAGACUGCUCCCUCAAAUCUGUAACCUUCUUUGUUAAUAAGGAGAUAAUAAUAUAUCUAGAAAUAUCGGCUAACACUGGCCUUCUGCUCCAAGUGCAACUGUGAGGGGAUGAUGAUGGAUGAAAUAAGUCUUUGACUGUCCACGACACUGGAGGGCUGUCUGGUAGUUAGUCACUUAAUAUCACUGCAGGACGCCAAACUUACCGACGGUACUUUGUUGUGCCUGGGCUGCAGCAUUUUGACCGCUGCUGAGAUUUCUUUAAUGUUCAAUGUGAACCUCGUCUGUGUGACUUUGGGUCCCGAAAAACUCAGAGUGAUGCUGUGCUGGCGCUGUUGUGAUCAACACAGAGCCGGUCAGAAAGGACUUGAUGAUAAUAACUGACCACGCAGCAGUGAGUCUAAAUGAUAGGAAUAACAAACACUGUACUCAGGGAUGUGAUUGCUUCUUUGUAGAGGAGGAAUUGCUGUUUCUCUGCCUCUUUAUUAAUUUGUAAAUAGAGAUGAACUGUUGCGUCACAUAAUAAUUUUCCCUCGGUUUGUUUUGCUCACAUCCCUGUGUGUGCUGUUCAAGGCUUAAGUACUGCAUAACCUUCGUUGCUAUGAAGGCCGUUGUUAGCUCUUUUCUUUAUGGACUGUACGAGCAGUUUUGCAUGUUUUAGCACAUAAUGUACAAAUCGGUUUGGGUUUUCAGUUUUGAUAAUCUCAUUUGAGGCAGCCAUUGCUGCUAAUUCAUGCCAGUACAGCUUUUUUUAAAUGUACGUUUAAAAUGAAGGCAAAAAAAAGUUCCUGGCUAGAGUACCUAUCUAAGCAAGGUUAAAUCGCUGUAAGGUAGAUUUCCUACCAAAAUUAAUAUGAAUGAAUCCAGUAAUUUUUUUGGAAAUGGUGAGGAUAAUAAUAUUUGUGAUUAAUGUGCUAAAAUGUACAAAAUCACCUGUUUGGUCCUGUUGAGUUAAAUCAAAGCUUCAUGCAUCCACGCUACACUGGAUUGUAUAAAACUAGGAUGUGUUUAUUAAUAAUGUCAAAUCAGUUGGCACGUUUUUGUUCCCAAAGGUGCAGUGGCUGCGUGUUGAGUGAGUGAGUGAAUGUGUGUCUGUUGGUGUGAAAGUGAAAUGAGACAGUGGGACAAACUGGAGGACUGUUGUUCUUACAAAUGAGUUGUUUUUCUUUUUUUUUAAUUAAAAUGUUUUGACCUCAUGAAAUUGUCUGAGUUGUAUUUUAUCAGUGAUUGAAUACCUCAUUGUGUAAUGACCACACAGAUGAAGGUUAUACACACUGUUGUAUUAAAUUGACCAUAAUUGAGAAGUUUGUAUCUUCAAGGGCAACGUUAGAAUAAUUCAGGUGUCUGUAAUAAGAGCUUUGCAUAUGGACAUGAAUAGAUGGUACUUGGGUUAAACACAAAGGAUAAGUAUGUUACAGUUAGUUACAGUUAAAAAAAAGAUAAAUCAGAACCCACACUGGAAAAAAAAAAAAAAAAAAAAAUUCUUAGAAAUUUAAUGCAAUCAGUGUAGCCCUCAAUUCUUGAAGAAAAUCUGCAGAGGAUGCCGAA